CUCAGAAAUGGAUAUUUGUGGGUUACUUUGAAGAGUUGCCCGUUUGGUGGCCAUUUUCGGAGAUCGUGUCCACCACGGUCGCUGUCUUCACACACCCCUGUCUCUGGGUUCGCCCAUGCAGGACUGUCUGUGGUGGUGCUGCUGCUGCUGUCGUAGGGAAAAAGAGCAGGCGCCUCAUGCCGUAGACCAGCCGCCCCUCCGAGCCUCUCCGCGCCCCUGAGCCCGCACGGUGACCCGGGAAUAGCUGGUAGAAUCAAGGCAGGCUGUUUAACCGUUAGUCAGGUGUUGGCUUUCUACUCUAAGUUAUCUGUUCGGCUACAGUACGGUAGUGGAGCACUAAUGGACUCCAGAGACACAGCCCCGGAUAGCUGGGAGCAGGAGGACGAUGUGGAGGCCCCGGACACGGAGCUGCAGUCCGCCUUCACCGGCCUGAACGUCAACGCUCCUGAGUUCGUCCCUUCCUUCAUCCCCAGAGGAAACGCUGGAAGCGCUGGGCAAGACGGUACAGAUGCAGUUGCACACAUGGAGAUUUCGGAACCAGCAGCUGCUGUGGAGAACGGAGAGACUGAUGCCAGCACAGCGGAGACAUGGGAAGAGAAGGGGGAGCCAGAUGAGGUGGAGCCUGGAGGCGGACCCAUGGAAGAAUGUGGAGCUCUUGGGGAUGAGGCCCAAGAUGAAAUGAUGGAGGAGGAUGAAGAAAUGCCUGUUCCCAAACUGCCUCCUCCUCCCCCAGAUGCCCCCAAAAAGGAGCAUGUUAAUGUGGUGUUCAUUGGACACGUGGAUGCAGGAAAGUCAACCAUUGGUGGUCAGAUAAUGUAUUUGACAGGAAUGGUGGAAAAAAGGACCCUGGAGAAAUAUGAAAGGGAAGCGAAGGAGAAGAACAGAGAAACAUGGUAUCUCUCCUGGGCAUUAGACACAAACCAGGAGGAGAGAGACAAAGGGAAGACUGUGGAAGUAGGAAGAGCCUAUUUUGAAACAGAGAAAAAGCACUUUACCAUCCUGGACGCUCCCGGCCAUAAAAGCUUUGUACCCAACAUGAUCGGUGGUGCCUCACAGGCUGACUUGGCAGUGCUGGUUAUCUCUGCCCGAAAAGGGGAGUUUGAGACAGGCUUUGAAAAGGGAGGUCAGACCCGUGAGCAUGCUAUGCUGGCCAAAACUGCUGGAGUCAAACACCUGAUAGUUCUCAUCAACAAAAUGGACGACCCUACUGUGAACUGGAGCUUGGAUAGAUAUGAAGAAUGUAAAGAAAAAUUAGUGCCAUUUCUAAAGAAAGUGGGCUUUAACCCAAAGAAAGACAUCCACUUCAUGCCCUGCUCUGGGCUAACUGGAGCCAACUUAAAGGAACCUUCAGAUCUCUGUCCCUGGUACACGGGGCUACCAUUUAUUCCACAUCUGGACAGCUUGCCAAACUUCAACAGAUCAAGUGAUGGUCCUCUCAGAUUGCCCAUUGUAGAUAAGUACAGGGACAUGGGCACUGUGGUCCUUGGAAAACUGGAAUCAGGAACUAUAAGCAAAGCACAACAACUCAUCAUGAUGCCAAAUAGGCACACUGUGGAGGUGCUGAGCCUGCUGUCUGAUGAAGUAGAGACGGACGAUGCAGGGCCUGGAGAAAACCUGAAACUGCGCCUCAAAGGCAUUGAAGAGGAGGAGAUUCUGCCUGGCUUUAUCCUAUGCAAUCCUGAAAACCUUUGCCACUCAGGGCGCACGUUUGAUGCACAGAUUGUCAUUAUUGAACACAAAUCCAUUAUAUGUCCAGGUUACAACGCAGUCCUACACAUCCAUACCUGCAUAGAGGAAGUGCAGAUAACGGCCUUAAUCUGUCUGGUGGACAAGAAGACGGGAGAGAAGAGCAAGACACGCCCUCGUUUUGUCAAACAAGACCAAGUAUGCAUUGCCCGUCUCAGAGCGGCGGGAACCAUCUGCUUAGAGACGUUUAAAGACUUCCCACAGAUGGGUCGGUUCACUCUGAGGGAUGAAGGUAAAACUAUUGCUAUUGGCAAGGUGUUGAAGUUGGUACCAGAGAAGGAGUAACUGACGUCAUAUAGACCCUUCUGCUGCUCUCUGGAUCGAGGAGGAGGAUGCAGCGGCCUUCCAACCGGAUUCCUCCACUCUGCUCCAUUCUCUUAUUUGCAGAUAAAUCUAAAAGUAAUAAGAGAAAUCAGUUUGAAAAAGGACAAUACGAGAAUAUGUUUUAGAAAGAACAAUAUUAUAGAAAAAAAGCUCAGUGUGACAGCUUUCUCAUAUUGAGAGCUCAGCUAUGCCACUCAUGUAGCCCCAUUUUAAAAGCCAGCCCCCUUUCCACUGGCCUAGAUUUAAUGAUAAAAUUGAUGCAGUUUUGUUUUAAACUUCUGGCUUUUUAACUGCCUUCUAGUUUAAAAAAACUUAUUUUAAUAGUUACUUUGUUAACAGUCCUCAAGCAGCCUGAAACUGGUCAUGUAAAGAAUGGGGAUUUUUUCUAAAGGAACCUCCGAAUGGUCACUAGGAUCUAAGCUCAUGUUGACAGUUAAAUAGGGGGUCUCUGCUCACCCUGCCCCUGUUGACCUUACCAGAAACAGGCUCCAUGUGCUUAAUAAUCAGUGGCCAACGUUGCCUUCUUUUCAGAUACUGUGAUGAUUUACGGUUUCAGACUGGCUGUGGACAGUGAGCACAGAAACUGCAUGGAGCCCUUGAAAAUGUGUUUAUACAGGUAGUCACAUCUGAGUCAUUUUCAUCCUCUUCUCGAUCGGAUUUUCAGAAACAUCAUCACAUCUGUGGUUUGGACCAUGUGCAUGCAUUUCAGUCAGUGAUCAGAAAGUGGUGUUUUAUAUAAACCCCCAGAUCCAAUCAACUAUUAACGAUCAUUAUCAGCUGCUGUCUGAAUGUAGCCAAUCAGAAUCACACUCACGACAAAGACCACGCACAUUAUAACCAGAAAUGACUUACCCUAAAGAAAUAGAGAGACAAAAAACACUCAAAUACAAAAUAACUGUGUUGGGUCACACAUGCCUUUCAGGAUCAUGCUCCUGUUGGAAAGGUCACCGUUAACCUUCCUGAAUAAUAAAAUCAUAAAUUGGUCAUCUCA